AAGUUAAGAAGCGGCCCCUGCAUACACAGACCCUGUGUUACUCUAUGCUGGGGACUCAUUAAAAUCAUGUAUUCCUUUCUUUUAGGAGUGACACCGCUAUAAUUUAGACUUGACACUCAAUAUUUACUAUCCUUCGCAUGUUCAGAAGUACACUACACCUCCCAGAACACAUUGCAACGCAAACCUCCAAGCCAAGGUAUAGCCUGAUACAUGUUGAACUGGACAUUCUCAAUUUAAAUAGAAAUUGUGUUCAAGUUUGUAAUUUCAACACUAACCCACACAUUAGCAAACUGAAUACUGUUUAUUUUAAUCUAUACCAAAAUAUUUCGUUAUUUUCUCUUCAGGCGAAAAGAAAGAUGACCAUAUGUUCAUGUGAGGGACCCCGCUGUCAAGAGAAAUCCCGAGGAUCUUGUUAUGUUUUGUGGAAGCUGGCGAACUUCCCUUAUUUAGCGAGUAAUUGUGAAUAAAAAUAUCAGUCAAAAUGUCUUCAGAGGAGUUCGAAAAGCUGCACGAGAUGUAUAAACAUAUUUACAAUGACAUUAAGUCGAUGCCGGAGAUAGCAGCGAAAUGUCGCGGAGAGGAAAAGAAGAGAGUCGUCAGAGAGUUUGAUGAAAAAAGCGGAGAAGCAGAGGAAGUGCUCAAAGGAAUGGAUGAAGAGUUGCUCUUGGCCCCAUCCUCCUUCCGUAACCCGAUGUCCACUACGAUGCGCAUAUACAGGAGGGACCUGGGCAAGCUGCAGAGGGAUAUGAAGAGCACUGACCUGGGCCUGGGGUUCGGGGCUCGGGGGGAGUCCAAGUAUGGAGCCUACACUGCCGAGAACGAGCACAGUACACAGCUGCAGUCCCAGAGAGCCCUGAUCCUCCAGGGCACAGAGUCCCUGAGCCGAGCCACGCAGAGUAUAGAGCGCUCACAUCGGAUAGCAGCCGAGACCGACCAGAUCGGCACGGACAUCAUCGAGGAGCUGGGAGAGCAGAGGGAGCAGCUGGACCGCACCCGAGACAGACUCAUACACACCGGUGAAAACCUCAGUCGAAGCCGAAGGAUCCUGCGCUCCAUGUCCAGGAGGUAAUCCGCUGCCUCUCGUCUCGCACUUCUUGACUCAUGACAAACAAGCUCCUGCUGUCUGUCAUCAUCAUCAUGGAGCUGGCCAUCUUGGGAGCAGUCGUUUACCUCAAGUUCUUCCGGAAGUGACGUUGUUUUAGAGACUUUCAUUCCUGUAUGACCAAUCUCUGGACCUUGGAAGUAGCCAGAGAGAGUUCCUGAGCUAAAACUGGGACCAAAGUCUGUGUAGGCACCUUUGGAAGGAGCAUCUGAAUAUUAUGAUUUUUUGCAAACAGUUGGAAUCAUCAUGGAAGAUUUCAAACCGUGUUUUCAAACUGGAACUGAAGCAACUUUGAGCAAAAUGUGUGCUCGAGUCUAGGCAAUUCAACUCUUAAUCUUCAACACCAGGGACAGACAUUAAGUGCAGUGUACUCUGCUUCAUUGUGCUCCAUUUCAGAUUAGUGAAGGUUUUUAUGUGCCUGAGGCGUAUUUGCUGACACAAUCAAUAGAUUCACUACUGAGAGAUUGGUUGUUGUUUAGAUCAUGAAUGUGCAUAUUUUCCUUGUUGAACUUAAGUGUACAGAAAUAGCAAACGUGAUUAAAUGCAGUCUUAGAUUCUCAAUUUAACAAAAAAAAAGAAAAUGUAUUUAGUGUGUCCAAUUAUUAUUUUACCCCUGAUUUUCUCCCAGUUUGGAAUUGUUUCCCCACACAGCUCUGAAGUCCUGACAGUUCGGUGGGCAUCCUCCGAUCCCACGACCAAGCCAGCUUUCUCUUUCACCCAGGAACUCGAGAGCGGAUGUCUCCGAGCUACCGACCUCUGGAGGACAGCCCUGCAGCUCACUGGACGCCUGGCCAGCAGGGUUCACUGUAUUGCGAUGAGGAGAAAGCCCCUGCCGAUUUUGCUUCCCUAACCCACGGGAGCGCCAGAGCCAAUGUGACGCUCCCUUCAGAGUCCCCAGCGAAGACUAGCCUACUUCACACAGCCAGGACAUGAACCUGCGCUGUACGACACGCCUUGCAACUGCGCUUUUACCAGGUGUAAAAACUUUGUGUCCCUGGCACACUUUAAUCGCCAAGUCUCUUAAAGUGGGGUAUCCAAACUGGGGGCCUGGAAAUGGUUUCGGGGGCUGCAGUACAUACAGAAAUAUCUCUCAAAUCACACACCUAACAAAGCAGUGGGUCCUCAGUCAGGGUGCCUAGUUUGGUAGGACCAAGAAAGUUGUUAAACCUCAGCACUAGUAGGAGCUGUGAUGCCAUCUAGUGAGGGGAAUUACAGUGGUGCACAACUGGUAUCAAGUAAAAUCGUUAAUGCAACUACUUGAUAAGUACGACUUGUUUUUCCCUAACACAGCAAACCAUACAGCACCGAUGCACUUGCAAGGGAGCAUGAUAGCUAUCAAUAGCUAGAGACUGGAAGUUUAAAGGGAACGCUUUAUAAUAACAAUUCUCCCACCAUUUUUGUUCUCCCACCAUUACGAAGGCGCAUACAUAUUUUCAAGUCAAUCGGUUUUGUUGAAACACAUCCAUACAUGAAGUAUUAAAACAGUACAGUGGCAGACUAAUAAACACUGAUGGUACUGGACGAGUUUGGUGCGCAAUGUGGAUAGUACUUCACAUUUUCCAUUCACAGUGAUAUGCUAUCAUUAAACUAACAGAAGUGGUGUAUUUUGGUCUUUGUCAUAAAUUAGUAGCUAAUGUUCACUAAAUGCUUGUAUUUCACAUGUUAUCUUCUAUUAAGUGUAGGGUGCCAAUACUUUUGUUUGCGACUGUUUCAGUAAAACUUCUUGUAUGGAUAUGUGUUUCAACGAAAGCUUGUGAUUCUUACAACUUGUUGGAUUGAUUUGAAAAUGUGUGUGUGCCUUUGUGAUGCUUUGUUAUGCUAGUGGGCUCACAGAACCAACUAAAAAAUGUGGAAUUACAUGAGCUCGACCCUAGUAAUCCUUCAUUAAAUCUUAAAUUAGAAAUGAAAAAUGUGGGGGUCAUCUUUGAUCCUGACUGGCGUCCCGUCCAGGGUGUAGUCUCGCCUUGAGCCCUGUGUAUGCCGGGUUAGGCUCCGGCUCACCGCGACCCUGUAAAGGAGUAAGCGGUUAAUGAUGAUGUAUGGAUGGAUCUUUGAUCCUGAUCUAUCAUUUGAGACUUAUAUUUGGGAAGUUACAAAGGUACCAUUUGUGAAAUACUUAGACCAAUUAUUUCCGUAUCUGAUGCCGAGAGACUAAUGCAUGCCUUUGUUUAAUUUAGAAUUGAUUACUGUAAUGCACUUCUCUCUGGUACAGUAUCCCAAAAGGUGUGCUGCCUCACUUACAGCUCGUUUAGAAUACCGCUGCUAGAAUUCUGACUAAAACCAGGAAAAGUGAACAUAUUACACCUGUUUUAGCUUCCUUACACUGGCUUCCUGUGCAGUAUAGAAUUGAGUUUAAGAUUUUGCUGUUAACCUGUAAAGCCCUAGAUGGAUUAGCACCUAGUUAUUUGCAGGAGUUACUGACCACGUAUCAUCCACCUCGCACUCUUAGAUCACAGGAUGCGAGGCUUCUAGUUAAUCCUAGGGUCAACAAAAUGAACAAGGGAGGAAGGGCUUCUUCAUGCAGAGCCCCUAUAUUAUGGAAUGCACUCCCUUCUUUCGUCAGGGAAGCUGGGACUGUUGCAGUUUAAGUUAAGACUGAAAUAAAACAGCUUUCUUAUCUUAGUGGGUUUAAUGUAACUUUUAAAUUGCUGCUUUUUAACAUUAUUUUUGAAUAUAUUGUUAUUUAAAUAUGCUGUUUAAUAUGUUGACAUGCCUGCUGACCUUUAUACAAAUGUGUUGUGUAAAUGUAAAUGCGUUUUGCAAUGUACUGUACAGUGCUGUUUGAUACUUUUCUAUGAAAAGCGCUAUAUAAAUGCAAUAAAUAAAUGAUGGGAGAACAA